GUCACACACACACAGUCACACACAGUCACACACACACACAGUCACACACACACAGUCUCACACACAGGCUUUGUGGGGACGUCACAGAGGACUCAUUAUUCACACACAUCCUUCUGUUUUACCCCGAGAGGCUUUUAGUUUUUCUAACUGCAGAGUGAUGUCACAGAGGAGGAAAUGGGCGUGGCUUGCUGUCAGCUGUUUACCUGGACAGGUGUUGAUGGAGACGCUCCUCUGAAAGUGGCUGAGCUGUGAUUAGAGAGGCGAGUGCUAGAGGGGGUCUCCUGAAACACGAACCCGAGGUCGAGGGACCAGACGGCAGCGCUCUGUCCUCCUAGAGGAGACACGCAACGCUUCUCCAUCCCCUCAACUCACCGAAGACACAGACGAGCUGGAAGCCUUCGUAGAGACCCGGCCUGUGGGGGACCAGGUACACACCGUCCCGUCCUUUUUGUAGUCUGUGUGCUUUGACAACUCGGUGCAGUUUCUUUUCUUCUUUUUCUGCUUUAGGUUCUGAAGUUUAAUGAGAGAACGUCAAGUCUGCUGAUGACGAUGAUUUGUGGAGUCCUCCACCUCUGGACAACCACGGAGACCCCGAGAGACACGUUCACUCGCCUCAUAAUUACUCCCAUUCACAGACAUUUAAAAUGACUAUGGGUCUGUUUAGUUUGAAUAACUUUAUUAGCACUUAGACCAUACCUGGUUUCUAGAGGGAUCAUGUGUGUAUAUAUAUAUAUAUAAUCUGCAGCUGCCUCGGCAUAUUCCAUUUAGUCAGCAGGAAUCUUUUGGGCCUAAAUAUAGUACUUGUUAGUGUACUACAUCUCAAAGCUACAUUUAUAUUUAUCAUUUACAUUUAGAUGAAACAUUUUUAUUAUUUACCAACUGUUACUGCCAAACAUCCUUGGAAAAGUUAUUGACUGAAUUUACAUGAAUUUCUCUCUAAAAGUUUGAAAAAGUGACAUAUGAAUAUUGUCGUGCUUUCUUUUUAUAUAAUAAUGGUAAAACCUGCGCAGGGUUUUAGAACGUGCGACAUUUUACAAACGGCGCCCACCGGCAGCGGACUGCUCGGACUCCUACAACAAUGUCUGCGGUAAAACAACGGAGAGAGAGACUUUUAUUCUGAAGGUCAUCGGGGCCGGAUGUUGGUAGCCGUGUUGUAGCUAACCCGAUGCUGGCUGUUUUUUAGCAAAUUCCGAAAGAGAAUCGCCAGAAAAUAGCAAAAACAAAAUAAAGUUGGUCAGUGACAUUAAAUAUACCGCACAUGUAUUUGUAAAAGUUGAAUCUUUGGUUCUGACAUUGUCAAAUGUAAAGCCGAAAGAAGUUUUUAAGCUAACGUUAGCUCAUUAGCUACCGAAGCUAACCGGAUCCGCUUUUUGGGCUCCGCUUUACUCAAGCUAAAGGUGGACAAAUGUGCGUGAAGCGGAGCACCUGUUCGCACGAGCCCGGGGAGCCGUAAAGGUAAGUGUUUGCUUUCCACGACGCGACACCUUGUGCUGCUGCUCCAAGCGAACGUCACGCUAACGUAACCUGACGUCAUUUGCUACAGGACAGAUAGGACCUUACGUUAAUUAAGUAUCUCCAGUUCCGCAGCCUAAUACUGUACUUGUUAUUGUACUAACGUUACAUCUCGAAGGUACACAUAGCACCUUUUACCGUACUGCGCCUCAGAGGUACAAGUAGUACCUGCAACUGUACUGUGUCCCAGAGGUACUCUGAGACUCGGAGGUCCUUGUGGUUCUGCAGGUCCAGGAUGCUCUCGGGGCCGCAUGGCGCUCUGGAUAGGCCCCUCCUCCGGCUCCCCUUCACCAGCCUGGCGGUGCUGACGGUGCUGCUGCCUCUGACCGGCCUCCUCGCCUGCCUCUUCCUCUCCCUGGUGUACCACUACGAGGACGCCACCUACACGCACUGCCAUGUGUCGAACUACCUCCCGUCCAUCAGCGCCGCCAUCAGCCGCGUGCCGGAGCGCUACGUGUGGCGCUGCUGCGUCGGCCUGCACUCGGCGCCGCGCUACCUGGUGUCCGCCGCCUACUUCGCUUUCUACCGCGCCCGCUUCUCCACGCGGCUCCCGGAGCUGCUGCUGAGCGCGCUGGCUCUCCUCUGCAGCCUCGCCGAGAACACGGGCCUGAUGCUGCUCACCUACGUGGCGUCCACCGAGUCCUACGACGUUCAUAAAAACGCCUUCAUCGUGUUCAUCGCCAGCUCGCUGCUGCACAUGCUUGUCACCUGCAGACUGUGGCAGGUGAUCAGGAGACACUACGUGAACCCGGAGGAGAUCACGUCGUUCCGCUGGAAGCUGCGUCUUUUCCUGUUUAACGUGAGCUGCUGUCUGAUCGCCGGAUACUUCUUCAGACGCCACAACCAGUACUGUGAGCGCGGAGUCUACACCCUGUUCGCCUUCUUCGAGUACCUGGUGGUCUUCUCCAACAUGGCCUUCCACAUGACGGCCUUCUGGGACUUCGGCAGCGAAGAGGUGAUCGUGGCCACGCCCCCCGACAAGCGAUACUGAAGCAGCCGCCUCACAGGUGAAAGAAAGCACCGACCUUUCUGGAAUAUUUAAAGGCGUCGUGAUGUCGGUGCUGCAGGAGACACCGGAGUUCCUGAAGCGCUGUGACGCCGCGGUAAUAAGUUCUCCUUUAUAAAAGGAGCGGACUGUUUUUAUCAAUCAACCAGUGAACAGGAAGUGACCUUGAGGAGGACGUACAUGUCGCAUGUAGAGACCUGUCAAUCAGCGUGUAGCCCCGCCCUAAAGCGUCCCCUGCUUUAUGGUCUGUUUGUCUCUUAAUGGACCAUCAUUCACUAAAUGAACAUCAUGCUGUGUUGAAGAAACUAGAGACUGAGACCAUGAACUCAUGUUUACAACGUUUACUGAGGGACUCGCAUUCAUUACUCAAGUAGAAAUAUAGAUGCUCGAGUGUAAAAGGACUUCUGUAGAAGUUAAGUAUCAACUCAAGCUUUUACUUACAGUAUAAAAGUAAUGUGAGAGCAAAACAAAAGUGCAUUGAGGACAAACUGCUGACGUGUGACCUCGCUCACGGAACAUGUCGGUCGUUACAACGUGAUCGAAGGUGCCUUCAGAUCACGUGACCUGCGUUCUGAUGAUGGAAACAUGGCGACAUUCAGAGAGACGCAUCGACCCGCAUGAUACGACAAAGAGAUCAGACCAGAAGCCAUUUUGCAGUGAUGCUAAAUGACACGAGUGGGAGGACGGACACACGUUGUCCCACAGACUGCAGCGUCUCCCCAGCUUCACUACGUCAUGGGGGACGAGGGGGACACGCCUGUUAUGAUGAUGGAAACACUGAACUGGUAGCUGUCGGUUAUCAAAACACCGGCCAAAUAACCGGUUUCAGGCUUCACGAGCAAAUACAGAAUCCCUUUGUGUUCAUUUCUUAAGACGCAUUAAGACACACGUCACGUCAUUGAAGUCGCUGCCAUCUGAUAGAUUCUCAACAAAGUUACAAAAAACCAUUCGGGACAAACGCACGGCCAUGAGGACACUGGUUUAAUCUGCAUGCCGCUAAAUACCAACUGAGAUCAGCGGGUGUCGUUCUGAUCCAACAGGAGUCUGAAUGUUGGAUGUUUCUACUUCUCAUCCAACCACAAUCUGAUUCACGCCGUCCGGAUGGCGCCGUUCAUCUGCACAGCUUGUUUUUGUGUGCGUGUUUGAACGAUGACAAGUAAUGAGGUCAUUUUUAAAAUGUAAGUCAAAAUAAAUACUCAAUACCCCAAAUGUCCCCUUAAGUAAGGUAACCGAGUAUUUGUACUAACUACGUUAUGUUACUUGACACCUCUGGUGAGGAAAUAAAUCAAGAGUAAUUUUCUUAUAGACGUCUAUGGGAGCAGAGGAGUCGCCCCCUGCUGGUCACUACACAGAAUGCAGCUUUAACACACGUUAAAGAACUGGAGGUUCCAGUCGGCUGUCUGUCAGCUCGUUGCUCUUCUCACUUCAUGUCAUGACUCUGAUUCAUUGUCUGGUUAAAAUAAAGAAUCACAAACCACA